UGAAAUGAGACAUGCGCAAUCCACCAAAACAUUGUAAGUUAUCGUUCCCCGGACCUUACCCAGCCGCAUGUAAAGGUUGUUUUCACCCCUGUCGCACAUUUGGAUGUUUUAGUAAUCAAACCGAUGGCUAGCCAGAAAUGCAAAGAAAGUAUUUUGCAAAUUAUUGACCAGCUCCGACAACGGAAAGCGCGACCAGAUAUUGUGCGAAUAUGUCACAUGGCAGCCCGUAAGCAUGGAAUGAAAUGGCAAGAGACGGAAUCGCAUUUAGAAAAAUUAGUUGAGUCGGGAACAGUUGUAAAAGUGGAUUAUAAAGGGAACGUAAGUUAUAGAAACACAGCUAAAUGGAAGAAAACCCAUUCUUGGAAAAAAGUUGUUCAUUCCGACAAAACUUUUAAAAAUAUUAUUACUGCGGUUCAAGAAAUAGUUGCGCAAAAUUCGGUAGACAGAGGCGCAUCUGUGAAGGAGGUAGAACGUUGGUUGAGCGCAAAUACGCCGGAGCCCCAUUUGGAUCGUAGUCAGAUCCGGUCCGCUCUGGAUAAAGAAGUGGCGAAUGGAAGCCUAAAAAAGCUAGCUCAUGGUAAUUAUAUCUGUAGCGAAAGUAACCCGGAAAAGAAAAUUACAGAAAAACCCAGUACCUCUGUUUCGAGCCCCGGUAAACGAGGACGCCCACCCUCAAAACGUAAGAAGUUCAAAAAAACUCAUGGCCCUGACUUUGAGACACUGUCCUUUGGGAAACGUUCCAUGGAGGACUCGUCCUGUGAUUAUUGUCUGCAGACGGAACCUAUUAUCCGAAAAGAUUUCAAAGAGGGCAUCUUAGUCUGCCAGGACUGCAACGCGAAGGCUCACCCUUCAUGUAUGGGAUACAAUUCAACCCUCGCGAAGCGUUCUCUGAAAUCACCAUGGCAGUGCAUCGACUGCAAAACUUGCACUGUGUGUCUAGACGCGGGUGACCCCGACAUGAUGUUGUUUUGUGACGCCUGUGAUAAAGGGUAUCACAUGAAUUGUCACGAACCAGCCAUUGAGGACAAGCCACAAGGUAAAUGGGAGUGUCAGACAUGCCAAGAUACGGAAUCAGUGGAUGGAUGUAUGGAGGUCGACGAAGCCAACGACACUGCAGACGACAGCCGAGAAGAUAAUACUUCUUGUUUACCUACUCCGUACGAUUCUGCAGCAUCGUCUGACGAAGACCUUCGAGCCAAGCGGCGGUCGGAGGAAAGGUCACCAUCGGAUCAGAAGAAGAUUCACUAUCCUGACGCCUCCAAGUGGGAAGUCGAGGACGUGGUGAAGUUCUUCACAAAUCUAGGAUACAAGGAUCAGGCCGAAGCCUUGCAGGAGCAGGAAAUUGAUGGACAGUCUUUGUUGUUGAUGAAGAGAAGUGAUGUGCUGACCGGAUUAUCGGUCCGGCUCGGUCCCGCCCUUAAAAUGUACCAACACGUGAUGAAACUUCAGCUGGCAGGUUUGGAGGCCAACAACUAGUGAAACACGUGCACCACAGUAAAAUAACCAUGCAGAGAAAUAUCACCUUUGGUGAAAGGUGAACAUUGAAACUUUAUGGUACUUGCUUGUAGUUAAGCUUUUGUACUAAAAUCCACCAAAUUGUGUUGAAUGCUUUUUGCUAUGAUAAAAGCGAAUGUUAUCAUGAUGAAACUGUACUUGUCAUAUUUUGAUGGUGAACAAUUAAUUUUACAUUUGUGUUAAACAUCUCAGGUUUUCGUCUUAUUUCUGUUGUAAUUUGAAAUCCCAUAAAUUUUUAGCUUUAUACAUGUACUUCUAUGCAGUUUAUCCAUGUUUUUCAUUGUAGCUAAAUAGUAGUCAUUUAGACCGUUAGCAAUUUUAUCUCAGUUUGUUAUUAAUCAGUACAAUUAAUGCUAGUAUCGAUGGAAGUGUGAAAAAAUAUGUUUUGUAAUUGCUGCAUGUUAUAAAAAUUGCAUUUUAUUGUGAAUAGAAUGUUAUCAUGUAAUGAAUUACCGAAUACGUUUACAUUUGUAAUAUGUUCAACAAUCAUGAAUAAAUUACAUUUUUCUA